CCGAAAUUCCUCAUAGAGACAAAGCGGACCGGAAACUCCAGUAUGUGGUUGGUUUGUUCAAUCUUCUUGUUCCGAACGCCUGACUAAUCCUCGCCUGUCAAUUCUGACAUUCAUCCAUCUACCAACCCAGAGAUAGAAAGAUGAUGAGGGAGAAGGACAGGCGGAGGGAGAAAGGGCUGGACGGAUGGAUAAGAAGGGAACAGUUGAAGGUUUUUUGUACACAUGGAUCUUCCCAGGACGGGACCGGUGGUCUUGCGGGUUGUGUCCUUGCCUUUUACGUUAAGCAUGUGUUUGGGAAUUUUUCCUCUUUUUUUGGGAGAGAGAUUGGCUGUGAGAGAGUAGAGUAUAGAGAGUAGAGAAAAGGAAGGGUCUCGAGAAGAGAAGCCUCCAG